AGGAUUAAAGAUUAAUCAAUUCCAUUCAAUCUUAGGCCUCCAGAAGGGGAGACCUCAAGAGUAAAUAGAAUAAAGUUUGUAUAUAAAAUAGAGUUGAAGAGAUGAUAGAAAGAGAAGGGAAGAGUAUUUAUUCUGUGCUGUGCAUUAAAGAAAAAGUUGAGACCUACUUAGUCCACAGCCUGAAAUCUUUAUAUAAUGUCACAGGAGGCUCUCAACUUUCACAUCCACAUCAGGAAACAUACGCCUUCUUCUCUCCGCAGCUGCUAUCUCCCUCCGGCGAAGCUCGGUCUCCUCCGGCAGCUCUAAGAAGCUGGGAGAUAUUCCCUAAGUGUCUGAUAUAGAAGAGGAGAGAUGAGCCGAAGUGGAAAGAGCCCACGGCUGGAUCUGAAGCUGAACCUGUCACUGCCAAGGAGGGGGAACCCCUCAAGGAUGGCUGUUGAUAACAGAAGCUCUGAUGGCUCGCAGAGUGGUUCGCCUUUGUCAACAUCUCCGCCAAGCUCGUGUGUGUCGUCGGAGGGGGAACAGGGACUCAGGUGUUCGAACAGCCCUGAAGCAACUUCGAUGGUUCUCGCCGGCUGCCCUCGCUGCCUUAUGUAUGUCAUGCUAUCAGAGGAUGAUCCAAAGUGCCCCAAGUGCAAGAGCACGGUCCUCCUUGACUUCCUGCAUGACAGCGCAAACAACAAGAUGAAUAGGAAGAGUUAAGGGAUGUCAUGCUUCAUCUUGUUUCUGCAGCUCUCUGCUCAAUCCACCAAACCCAGCCAUUAUUAUUAGCCAUAGAUUUCAGUGCUUUGUUCUUCUUAAUCUUUUAGCUUUCAUCUUCUUAGUAUAGCUUCUGUCUUUCUCUAUUUUGUUUGUGUUCGCCUACGUUUUACCCUUCUAUUGAAGCUAAUGUAAACUGGACAAUUCUGAAAAGCCCAAAUUCUCCAGUCAAGUUAUCAUAUACAUAGAAAUUUCGUCUUAUUUCA